CAUGUCAACUACAGACAUAUAGUGUACAUUACUAUAGGUAACAGUUUAUUUGUAUUAGAGUAACGUGAGUAAUUAAUUUCUAAAAUAGGUGUAAAGUUAAAAGCUUUUACGGUAUUCCCCUAUUUUUUUCCAUAUUCUUAUUGACUGCUAUAAUAUUCCACACAGUUGUAUAAAAUUGAAGGGAUGUUUACAAAAACAACAUAACUGACUACACUGGUUGACACCUGAAACGAUUAACAAUGUUCUUAAAAAAGUGUCAACCGCUCUAAGCAGUUAUGUUGUUUUUGUAAACAUCCCAUCAAUUGACAUUUGAUGCCUACUGUCCCCAACUGUCUUAGCAUAGCAGCGGCACGUUCACACUCAUACCUCCAACAGCAACAAUCUUAUGCGUCGUUAUCACCAGCGCCGUAUAAUGAGCCACUGUCUCCCCAAUCUGCUUAGGUACAGUAGAAGAAGCGCGUCGCCGUACUCUUUUGAAAGACGCUCACCGACACCGCCUUUACCAAGUCCGGGACUAGACUUAAACGCGGCCUUAUUAGCGAGAGAAGAGCAGCAAGCGGCUCUACAGCAGCAAACGGCUCUUCAGCGGCAAGCGGCUCUUCAGCAGCUAGCAAUAGAAGAACUCAACACUAAAGAGAUAGCUCAACGAAUAAGUCACGAACUGAAACGCUACUCGAUCCCUCAAUCGAUCUUCGCUCAAAGAGUCCUAUCCAGGUCACGGGCGACUUUGAGACGUCUUUUAAGCAAACCGACGCCUUGGUGGAGGUUGCAAUCGGGACCGCGGGAGACGUUCAAGAGGAUGUGGGCAUGGCUGCAGAUGCCGGAGUUCCAGAGAAUAUCGGCGCUGAAGCUUGCCGGUAUCUCCAAACCAAAAAAAAUGCCCCCCGAAUUAAUAUUUCACCUUAAUGUUUGUGAAGAUAAUUUUGAUCAAUGCUAUAAAGAUACAAACGACCUACAAGCUAGGUUAGUCAAGACGGCAAUUGCUAGACACUAUAAGGGCAAAGAAUCAAAUGAUAUCGAAAGUGAAGAUGAAUCAAAUGAGAUUCAACAUGACAAGGAAUCAAAUGAUAUCGAAAGUGAAGAUGAAUCAAAUGAGAUAGUAUGUAAAAAAGAAUCAAAUGAUAUCGAAAGUGAAAAUGAAUCAAAUGAGAUUCAACAUGACAAUGAAUCAAAUGAUAUCGAAAGUAAAGAUGAAUCUAAUGAGAUUCAACAUGACAAGGAAUCAAAUGAUAUCGACGGCGAAAAAGAUGAAAAUAAAUCUGAUACUUUAGACCCAGCACAAGCUAUCGAAGAUGACAACGUGGUUGAAAUUCUGUGUAUGGAAUGCGACAAACCAAUCAAAGAGUCUGAGUUUCAAUGGUGGUGCCUACAAUGCGACGGGCUGCGUUGCGGCCACUGUGUCCUGCGAAUGGUUCACCGUUCACACUUCCUGCUCCGAUCCCCAGCCAAUACUACACCCGAACAAAUUCAAAUCUUGAUCAAAGCCAUACAAAAGGACCUAUGGCUUGAGGACUUCUUUAAUACACGCGACGCAGACGAAUAUGUGGAUAACGUUGAGUCAGCAGAGUCAGUUUUUCUUCCUCGCGUUGUCCCUCCUUUUCGCCACGGCUCAUGGGAGCGUGGGGUCCGCUCCGCAACUAAUCCCAAGUCAGCAGAUGUGAAUUUGGAUGUGAUAGAGGAAAGCCUACAAGAACCAAUAGUAAAAGCGGAACCCCCCGAAGAUGAGGAAGACCCCCUGGCCGAAUGCUCCAACAACUCUUCCAUUCUAAAACCAGACGGAACACCAACCAACAACUAUUAUACUAACGACCGCCAACCCAUCUCACAAAACUGUAGACCAAAUCAUAAACAUGGCCUCCGUGAAUCAUUAAAUACCCACGAUGUAAACUCUUCAGACCUUCCACUACGAGAAGACAUGGUUUUGGGCCUCAGAGAUACAGAUUAUGAACCUAGCGAGAAAACCUUAGGAUUGGUCAACCCUUUCGAAUUUCAGCGAAAUUUGCAGUAUUUAGGUCUCGACAAACCAUUCAAUCAAGCAAGCCAGUCUUUAGGCCUCGAAGACUCAAUCGAUUAUAUACCAAGCAAGAAAUCUGUAUGCCUCAACGUAUCACCUGAUUAUCAAGUAAUCCAGGCACUUGAAAGCUCUCAAGAUUGGAUCGAUUAUCAACCAAGCAAGAAAUCUGUAUGCCACGACUCAGCCGAUCGAGCUAGCCAGGCGUCUAAAAGCCUCAGCAACUCAAAGCGACCAAGGUUUUUGGACUUCGAUAAUCUUUAUUGUAACUUCGGCCUCUUCCAAUUCUAUCAACCAGACAUCGCCGAUAUUCGACACUCGGCCAGUCUCCAAGCACCCCCAAAGGGUCCUGAUAGAGCUCCAAGUCCGGAGCCAACUAGUAUAGAAUUAUCUGAACCAUGUACGUUGGCUACAGAUAAAAAUCCCAAUAUAGAUCCAACUAGCAUGGAAUCAUCUGGAUCUUGUUCGUUUGCUACAGAUGAAUUUCCAGAUGCAGAUCCAACAGGCAUGGAAUUAUCUGGAUAUGAAUUUGACGGACCAUCCGUACAGUUGGAAACCCUAGAUCAGAGAGACGAUGACUUCCGCCCACCGAGCAAAAAGCGAGUCCGUAUUCAACCUAGUACAGAAAAUGUUGAAAAUUACUUAGUGAAUACUACAAUAGCCCAAGCAACAGAGAUCAAAAAUACAUGUCAGCAAAAAUACACACACGUGACAGUGUCAGAAGAUGAAAUAGAAUAUACGAAAAAUAAAGAACCAAAAAUGAGUAGCCCACAGCAACCACUGCGUCGAGUAUACAUUAAGGCAAAAAAGACUGAUCAUAUUAAAACACAGCAACCAGAAGCUCAAACACACUCCACCCACAACAAGCAAAGUUGUACAGACACUAUAUCAGAUAAGAAAAAUGAUCGUAACAAACAAGAUUCAGUUAACACUUUAGGAAAACUUAAAAAUAAUAGUGAUACAAUGCAGAAAUCGCAAAUCUACGCUACCUACACAAAACAAGGUUUUAAGAAAACUGCAGUACAGAAAGAACAUAAACAAAAAACUGUAGAUGAUUCUAACAAUGAUCCUCUUAAAACACAACUACCAAAAAUACCACCAGACUCUACACACAAAGAUAAAAAUUCUCCAGACACUACCGAAGAACAGAAUAAUAAAAGUGAGACACAGCAGCCACCUAUUAAAGUAUACUCCAAGAAACGAAGCUAUACGAAUACUAUAGUACAAAAAGAAAACAAACUAAAGUCAAUGAAUACAAUAGGAGAUCCUGAGAAAGACCCAAAUAAAACGCAGGAACCGGAAAUUAAAAUAUACACCACUCACAAAAAACAAAAUUGUAAGAGCAUUACAGAGCAAAAAGACGAUAAUAGUACAACACAGGAACCGAAAAUGCUAGUAUAUUCCACUCACAAAAAGCGAAAUUGUACAGACAGUACUGAACACAGAAAUAAUCCCAAAACACAUAUAUCAAUAGAAAUGAAUUUAACCCACAACAACAUGACGAAAUACAUACAAACUACAGAACGAAAUAUAGAUCCAAAUAAAAUACAGGAAACAAACAUUCAAGUAUAUUCCACUCACAAAGCCAGGAAGUACUCAUGAUUUAGAUUUAUAUCUUAAGCGAUAAAUUCAAGACAAAAAUUAAAAUUCUAAGGUCACUGUAGUACCAAAAAAGUUAAAAAAACAUUUUAAUAAAAGAAAAUCACAAAGCUGUAGAAAGGUGAAAAGCCACAGAAGGCUAGACGUGCUAGCGAAGGUAAACUAUCAAAACCGAGCACAUCAACGAUAGUACAUACUAAACUUAAAUGGGACCAAAUAAGAUUUUUAUGGAUGUCAAGAAACGUGGAUGAAUUGUUUGCGUAAAAAACUUUAUUUUAUUGUAACGGAAUUGGAUUUAUGCUAAGUGUUCAUUCAUUGCAUGAAAAAUAUGCAUGUUUUAAGCAGUUAAUUUUUAAUUAAAGCUAAAACUGUUAAA